AUGCUUGUUCGACCAAAGGCCCCUCCUCCCCAACACCGGGCCCUUAUCAGGAAAGCAAUUGAGGUUGCAGGGGAGGGGGAAGUCCGAGGCCUCAGGCUCGGCAAGGUGGGUGGAAGAGAUAGGGAAGUGGGGAGGGGGCGUGGGCCCUGCCGGGGUGGGGGGGGGUGGGGGGCCCUGAGGAUGGAAGGCGUGCCCAGAGCCGGCUCAGCAGGGGGCUUUCGCCAAGCGCUGUCCUCGAGGGCCUGGCCCUCGACACGGCUCCAGUGCUGCUUCUGCCUCCCAUACUUGCCAGGCGAGACGCCUGCAUCUUUAAUUAGCAAGCAGCAGCCUCCCGAUUCAUCACAGUCACUGUUUAAUUAG